AUGAAGAGCCCUUCACAAACUCAAGUCGAUCAUGCUGAUGCUGAUUUUGAUAUCUGCAAAGUCCGCACAGCCCAUGAAAGCCCCGCGGACCUUGCCCUUGCGAACAUAACACCCAAAACAGGCCUGGAGAUGUCCGUUUCCUAUGAUAAGACGCAGAAGAAUCCCUUGCAAGAUGACGAGCUUUCCGAAGCGAGGAAGAAGCCUGAGUCCGGGGAGCUUGGACAAGAACAAGGCCCGAAUGAGAAGACUCAACCGGGGUUCUGUAAAGCAAAGCAGCCAGAUCAGGCACUUCCUGGUAACGCGGAGGAGAAAAGUUCCUCACAACCAAGUUCGCAAGAUUUGGUUGCGGACAAGGCCGUUAUCUUUGAAGACCCAGAUGGCGAGCAGUGGACUUUUCCGUAUCAAAAAUGCAAGACUUGGAAGGAAGUGGAAGAACUGAUACAGGAGGUAUAUCCGGACUAUCGCCCAUCCGAUCCCCCGGAGGAUGUCUCAAACGAGAGCGAGAAAGAGAAAAGUCUGUCUACCUACUUUUUCAGGCUCAAUCCUACAUCAAAAGUUCUCAAAAAGCACUGGGAACUGCUGGUUAGGCCUGGGUGGACGUUCGCGAUCGAGCUUCCAGAUGAAGAUGAAUCAGAGCCGGAAGAUGCGUCCGACGAUUCGGAAUGUGUCGACAUACUCUAUGUGACGAAAUAUUUCCGCAUUGACGACUCGGGCCGCUCUGUGUUAGACCGUGAGACGUCUACCAAAGAUAAACCCGCCGUCGAACUCUCGGACCAAAGUCAAUCAAAACAAAAAUCUGUUUUGGAGGAAGAAAUAGAAGUUCAUCCCAUCACCUUAACCACUGCCCAGGGUAACACUAUGUUUGAGGUCGGACGACCCGUGCUUCAUGUUAAUUCCAAUAUCCUGCUUGAAGCUUUGAAAGCUACCAUUGAGUUUGAGUCUAUCGCAGACGAUAUCAAGGAUGCAUGGGAUGAUCCAAAACUGUCGACGGAUCUUGGCAGUGGACUCUUCAUUUAUCCAUUUACAGAUCUUUAUCUCAACCGGGAGAAGCUCCUCGAAUAUCGAUCAAAGGUCAAGGAAGCCCAUGACGUCGAGUAUAGUGAAACAUGUGCGAAGCACAUUGAUAUUCUCAUCGACUAUCUAUAUAGUCAUCCAAGUCUUCCAGUGAAGGAAUGGGACUUGAUGUGGAAUCUUCAGAUUCGAAAAUCAUCAUUCAACUCUCUCAGGUUCCUUCUGAAGCCUGGAUCUGAUGUUUAUGUUAAAGAGCACGGAGGGUUGAAUGCAUAUGUGAUUGAGUCCGUGGGGGGAGGGCCUUCGUGGCAGUCUCCACACAUUCCCCCACAACCUUAUUCCGUUCUCGUGUGGAAUCUGAACCAUGAUGGGAGAUUUCUAACUCGAUCAGUUCGAGAAAUUAAUAUCCCCAUUUUUGACGGAGAGCGCGAACUAGAUUCGCUGCCACUGUUUCCAACUCGCUUCUAUGAGGAACACGACGCUUCCAACCCUCUCCAACAGCAACUCGUGGAACGGGGGAAGAAGUUUGUCGAAAUGGUGGCAAGUCCUUCUUAUAGAGGCUAUACUGGACCGAAGACACAGUUUCAUCAAGCCCGUGUAAUCAUUGACCACAGCAGCCAGCCAUGGAACGAGUAUGUUACGGAUUCCCCAUGGGUGCCUGUGAAGUCCAUCCCCGAUCUGCAGCUGGGUGCGAGAACACGCACGCCAAAGUGUACAUGUCCAGCGUGUGAUGUCGAAGACCCCCUGUUGAAGGUUGUUCGACGCUACAAAUUUGACGACUAUGAUGAUAUCGAUUUACAGUCAACCAAACAGCUGACUGAUCAUCAAUACCUUCUCUGUUGGUCUCAUGUUCAUGGGUUUGUGCUGAAAGACCGCGCCUGGGACGUACUUGAAAUGUCUGGACUGGAAGAGCCCAAGAUUCGGAAGGAUGUUUUUGAUUUGGUAGUCAUGAAGCCCGAGAGAAAUAAGGAGAUGAUCAAAGCCAUUUGUGAGAUCUAUGGUGGAUCGUACAUCCAGAACUUCAGAUCGGACUUCAUUGAAGGCAAAGGCGAAGGCCAGAUUUUACUACUUCAUGGCCCACCGGGCACCGGAAAGACACUUACAGCUGAAUCUGUGGCUGAAUAUUGCGGAAAGCCUUUGCUUAGUAUCACUGCCGCUGACCUUGGUCACAGUCCAGCCGAGCUCGAGGAGAAACUUCUUCAGUUCUUCCAUGAUGCACAGAAGUGGAAUGCAAUAGUUCUCCUUGACGAGGCAGAUGUUUAUCUCCAACAGCGUGCUCAAAAUUCGGAACAGAAUAACAAUGUUUCAGUGUUUCUACGCGCUCUGGACUACUUCCAGGGUAUUCUUUUUUUAACGACAAAUCGGGUGGGGACAUUUGAUGAAGCAUUCAUGUCGCGAAUUCACAUACAGAUCGGUUAUGACAAACUCGAAGAUAGUUCCAGGAAGCAGAUCUGGGACAACCAUUUUAAAAAGCUUGCAAACAGCCACAAAAAUGGUGGGCCCAAGAUUGAAUACUCUUUCCUCGCAAAGGAGUAUGUCAAGACAUCACAGGCACUAAAGAAUCUGGAUUGGAAUGGGCGUGAGAUUCGAAAUGCAUUCCAAACUGCGGUCACUCUUGCAUGCUAUGAUGCAAAGAAGGAAGAGGAACAGAACCCGGGAACAAAGGUUACCCCAGUGCUGACAGAUGACCAUCUGGAUCAAGUUGUGUCUAUGUCACAUAAUUUCAAAGACUAUUUGAAGACUUUUGUGACCGACACAGCUUAUGCAUCAAGGGCGAGAAACGACAGAAAAACGACUACUGGAUCCGAUUGA